CUGGAAAGCACGAGCCGGCGUAGCGAGCCCGGUUUAUAAACCCCCCUCCAUCGAUUCGUCAGCCAUUUUGGCUCUCAAGAAUCAUCGCACAGGCUCCCGGUUCCGGUGGCAAGCCAAGAAACACGAGCGAUGGCGGGGAGGCGAGAGGAGGGGGACGGGGAGGCGCUGCGAGAGGAGGAAGGGGAGGAGGAUUACAUCGACAUGGACCUGAGCUCGGCCGCGGGGGCGCCCGCGGCGCGGGAGUUCGAGUUCAUGUCGGCGCCGCUGGACCGGUGGGGGGAGCCGCUGGCGUCGCCGGCGGACGAGCUCUUCUACAAGGGGAAGCUGCUGCCGCUGCACCUCCCGCCGCGCUUGCAGAUGGUGGAGGAGCUCCUAGACGGCCGCGACGGUGGCCGCUUCAGGGGCGGCAGGGAGGUCCUCGGCGGAUUCAGCACCGCACCCGCGACGCCGUACGAGUCAUGCAACGCGUCGCCGGCAAACUCGUGCUACGUCAGCGGGGAGCUCAACGUCGAGGAGUACUUCCAGGAGUACGCGGCCGGCCUGGCGGACGCCGCGGCGGCGGCCGGGGAGAGGAAGCCGUGGUCCAGGAAGCUCAAGUUCAUGCGGCAGCUCAACCUCGGCCUCAAGCUCAAGGCGUCCAAGGCCUACCUGAAGACGAUAUUCGCAGCCAAGCCGGGGAACCAGGAUGACAAGAACGUUCCUGGAGCGGCAAGGGGAGUCCAGGAGCUCGUCCACGGCCAUGGCCACCUCAGGCCGUGGAGGAAGAACCCGUUCGGCCAGGUCAGGAGCAACAGGUGCAUCGCCUUGCACAGCGCCGUCGCCGGCGCUGGCGGUGGCAGCGGCCGUGCUACACCCACGGCAGAGCGGCACAAGGAACGCGAGCACGGCCACAGGAGGUCCUUCUCCAGCGUCAUCGUCCGGUACUCGUCGUCGAACAAGAUGUCCCCCGCCCCCGCCCCCGCGCUGCCGUCGUCGUCUUCGUCAUCCUGCUCAUCGUCGUCGAGCUCGUCGGCCUCCUCGUCGGUCCGGACCUCCAGCGAGUCCGACGACGGCGCGGGACCGGCGCUGAGGAGGAGCAGCAGCGCGAGCUCGGAGGUGGAGAACCCGAUCCAGGGGCUCAUCGCCUACUGCAAGAAGUCCCAGCAGCUGGCCUCGGUCAGGAAGAGCGCCAGCGACGCCGGGUUCCGGUUCCUCUCGUCGGCGGCGUCCAAGAUCGCCGCAGAGUCCGACGGCCUCGACGAGCUGGUCGAGAUUUGCAGAGGAUGAUAGCGCCAUGAAUCCUGAUGAUUGUACAAUGAUGCAACGCGUCCUGAAAAUUUUGUGAAAACUGAAACUUCUGCUGUUGUUGACCACCGUGUCAUGAUGAUAUUGUUCAAAUGAAUGACAUCUGAACUUUGAGCAUUGGCUGUUUUCAGUACAUUAUCAUUGUCUUAACCAUGUCCGUAGGUAUAGUAAUUUCUUUAAUUGCGUAUACAGUUCAUUACCGAAGAGCCGUAUACUUUUCGGCAUAUUUCUAGUAAAAGUCAAUAGCAGAGUCCUAGUUACUUCGAUUACAUCACUGAAGAAUUGUCUCUGAUAAGUACUGAUAGACCAGUAUUCUCGAAAAAGAAAAGUGCUAUUGGAUGCAGAGUA